GGCUGGCUGGCUGCUUGUAGACAGGGAGAAAUGCAUGCACGCCUGUCACGUGAGUGUUAGCCUAGCUGUGACGUUCAAUUCUGCUCUGUCAGAAGACGGCAUCUGUCAAAUCCCACAUUUAAACCACUGACUCUGAGAGAGGCAGCAGCAGCCUGGGAAACAGACCUGCUUCUCUGCUCCAUAGAUUUCCCCCCGCCCCCUCCAAACGGCUCAGUCUUCCACUGAAGCAGCCUAGCAACAAGGACGGAGGUAAAUCCCCUACUAUUCCUUAAUUCAAGUAGACUAUGUUCUUGCUGAGAUUCCUCCAGCGCUGCUGAUAUCUGCCAACACGGGCAUGGAUACAGAUGGCUGAACACCGCAUCAGGGACACAAGGCAGCAUCUGAUGAGGCUCUCAGCGCACUCGGAGGCACUCGGGAGGCAAGCAGGUUUUGCACACAAGACAAUGCCGGGGAUCUUUCAGCCCACCAGCCAGCGGAAUAUACAAAAUGCCCAUGAAUGGAAGGGGCACUAGGGCAAGCUGCAUGCAGACGGACAGUAGGCACAAUCAUACGCAGAGAGGAAAUUUCCUAAGUGCGCAUGUUCCACUACUCAUUUUCUCUGGCCAAGUGAUGACGUGCCCAAACUAUUCUAAAUAAGUGAAUUUCAACCAUCAUGAGCAAAUACAGUAAAAAAGAUCCGCCUUUACUUGAUAAGCCAAUGGAAAAAUGAAAUAAUGACGCCUAACACCAAAGAAGAGUGACAGCUGCACGGAGUGUGGGACAAGCGACUACGGACCCGUGCCACACAGUGCACCACAGCAUCACAAACAGCAUGCUUCAGUGGAGGAGACGCCAUUGCUGUUUUGUCAAAAUGACCUGGAAUAGCAAGAGGUCUCUGUUCCGCACUCACCUCACUGGUCUCUUAUCGCUCGUGUUUUUAUUCGCAAUGUUGCUCUUUUUUAACCACCAUAGCUCACUCUCGGGAAGAACUGGACUAAAAGAGAACCCAGUGACGCACACAAUACGAGGAUACAGGGCAACAAAAAGUGAUACCAACAGCUCGCUAAGGAGUAUCUGGAAGGAUGGUACUCACCAAACAUUAAAGCCCCACACUGCUUCUAAUGUGAGCAGCACAGAGUUGCUACAACAAGGAGUAACUGGGUUGGAGAACACACUAAGCACAAAUGGAAGUAUUUAUAGUGAAAAAGGCUCAGGACACCAAAAUGUGUAUCAUUAUAAGUAUAUCAUUAACGAGCCUGAGAAGUGUCAGGAGAAAACUCCAUUCCUUAUUCUGCUCAUAGCAGCAGAACCGAGACAGAUUGAGGCUCGACAAGCAAUUAGACAAACUUGGGGUAACGAGAGCCUUGCUCCAGGGUUCCGAACAGUAAGGUUGUUUUUACUUGGGUUACAUGCCACGGCAGAUGGAUUAAUCCAGCAAGCCAUUAUGGAUGAAAGCAGGCAAUACCAUGACAUUAUCCAGCAAGAGUACUUAGACACCUACUACAAUCUGACCAUUAAAACGUUAAUGGGCAUGAACUGGGUAGCGACAUAUUGUCCAAAGGUUUUGUAUGUUAUGAAAACGGACAGCGAUAUGUUUGUUAACACCGAAUACUUAAUACACAAGCUGCUGAAGCCUGAUCUACCCCCAAGAACCAAUUAUUUCACUGGAUAUUUAAUGAGAGGGUAUGCACCAAACCGUAACAAAGACAGCAAAUGGUACAUGCCCCAGGAUUUAUACCCAAGUGAGCGUUACCCAGUAUUUUGCUCAGGGACUGGCUAUGUGUUCUCUGGGGACCUGGCAGAGAAAAUCUUCAAAGUGUCUCUAAGCAUCAGACGUUUGCACUUAGAGGAUGUAUAUGUUGGGAUUUGUCUGGCAAAGCUGCGUAUUGACCCUGUGCCCCCGCCAAAUGAGUUUGUCUUCAAUCAUUGGAGAGUUUCAUACUCGAGCUGUAAAUAUAGUCACCUAAUUACCUCCCAUCAGUUCCAGCCAGGAGAACUUAUUAAAUACUGGAAUCACUUACAACAGAAUAAGCACAAUGCCUGUGCCAAUGCAGCCAAGGAAAAAGCCAGCAAGUACCGGCAUCGUAAAAUGCACUAAAUGGACAACAUAUUAAAUAAUAGAUUUUAUUGUGCAAAUUGAUAUAUACUAAAGCAUGUGCAGCGUACGGGCAAAGCUUAUGGUGAAAGGCUUUUCAAAAAGAUGGGAAAAUUAUUUUUUUAUUUUCAGAAGAUUAGAAAAUAAAUGAUCAGACACAGAAACUAAAGGGUAUCUACAAGACAAAAAUGCAUAAAAUGUUGUGUGUUAAAUCUGUGCAAUAAGACGCAUGCACACUUUCAUGGUACACCUGCUCUUUUAUGUGCCAAUAAAAUUCUACUGGUCCAAUUUUGCAUACAAACACAAGGCAAAUGUAUUAUUGUUAAUGGAAACACACACCUCAGAUUAAACACUCUCUAGCAAUAGAAACACUAAGACGCUAGCUUUACAAUUACAAUUAGCAUUGCAUUACAUUUAAGAUGAUUUUUCCACCAUUUCUAUUUUACAAGUGGAAUGUUAUGUGAUCUAUAAAUUCAAUAAUAGGGCAUUGCCAUAGUUUUAAUAUCCUAUGGUGCCCUAUUUAUACAAAUAAUAAAUAGUAUCAGUGCUAUAACACAACUUCUAUAUAUUUAUGGGCUAGUAAAAAAUAAUAGAAUUAACCCUAAACUUCAUUACUGGCAAAACCCUCCAAAAUAUUUCCAAAAGCAAAGAGAGGGAGGGGGCACAGCAAUGCUCACGUGACCCAUUCAUGAAUAAGCAGAGCAGACUUACACUGGCAAAACACCAAAUCCUUCUUUGUAUAUUGUUUAAUACCUAAGUCCUAGACUGUACAAAUAAAACUGACCAAAAUUCAAGGAAUAUA